GUUAAUAUUAUGUCUGCUAGAUUGCCACUUCAAUCAAAAGUAGCACGGCCCAGAUUUCAAAUUAGAGGCGCUGUAUUUGGCGAUGAUGACGACGCAGAUGAAAGAAUUGCCGAUGAAAGGAUUGUUGGUAUUGAAGAUAACAAAAUAACAGAAGCAGCACCGAAGAAGAAAGCAGAGCCGUUGUCAAUUGCACCUUUACCUAAUGUCGACUGGCGUGCUCUUGCAAAGCGUAAACGGGAAUUGUUUAUGCCUGCGCGGGCGCAGCAACCAUCAAUAGACGAAGCGAAACCUGAAGUCCUUGAGCAAGGUGCGGCUUCAUUUGGCUUGCAGGUUCAGCAAAAGAAAGCAGAAGAUGAUGUAGUAGAAACCAAACAAGAGACUGUUGUUACCGAGCAAAUUAUAGUUUCCGAUAACCAAGAACCACAGCAAAGUUUGGAACAACGUGCAAUAGAAGCGAUCAUAAAAGAGUCAAAAGGGGAAAUAGAGGAAGAGGAUGACCGCCCUGUGAAGGUGAUACCCGCGAAUGAGACAAUAGCAUUUAGAGACGAUAUACAAAACAGGCCAGAUGAGACUACAAUGGAAGAAUAUGAAAGACUACCUGUAGAUGAAUAUGGUGCAGCGCUUUUACGUGGAUUAGGAUGGAGUGAAGGUGAAGGAAUUGGACGAAAUAGAAAAAACACACCAACCCCAGUAGCUACUCCAGUCAAACAACGAGAGGCACUGCUAGGAUUAGGAGCAAAACCAGAAGAUGUAAAAAAGGAUUCAAAAACAAAGUCUAAAGACAGACGAGAAGCAUACCAAUAUAAAGAUACAGGCUUAUUUAAAAAGAUUUCGAAAAGAAAAUACGAGGAAGAAAUGAAUGGGAGCAGAAGCCGUAGUACUAGUAGCAGUGCUAGUAGCAGAAGAAGCCGAUAUGACGAUGAAGAAAGGUCUGAAAGUAGAAGAAGACGAUAUGACGAUGAAGAAAGAUCUGAAAGCAGAAGGAGACGAUAUGACGAUGAAGAAAGGUCCGACAGCAGGAGAAGAAGAAAGGAUGACGAAGACAGAUCUGAAAGUAGAAGGAGACGGUAUGAUGAUGAUGAUGGUGGUGGAUAUAGUAGAGAGCGUCGACAUCGUCGGUCUCGUAGCAGAGAUUCUAAAAAAUCCAAGUCAUAUAAUAAAUAAUUCAUAUAAGGAAGAUUGAAGACUGUUAAUCUACUGCAGUUCUUACACUUUAUUCAGAAAGUAUUCGCACACAAUUACACUUUGAUCAACCUUUUCUUUAUUGUUUCCAGCUUGACAACAUAUAAUAAUGCAUAAAAUGAACUUGAUAUCUUUGAGAAAACAGAGAAGGCAUGUAUAAUGUGAUCAACACUUUACAAGCUUACUCAUUCUUUUACUUCUGAUGGGCUC